AUGGCUCAGCACAAGAGUAAGGUUUAUUUAGGCUAUGAUGAAGAGUAUGUCAAUGAAAAACUCAGUAGCCUUGUGGAUUUCACCACCAAUAAAAUUGGAGGCAAACCUAAUUGGCAUAAUGAUCAAACAAAAUUGGAAUCACCUCAGUGCAGACUAUGUGGAUUACAUCAAGUAUUAGCUCUUCAAAUAUAUGCUCCUUUAGACAACUCUAAAUAUCAUAGAACUCUGUACAUUUUCGCUUGUCUCAACCCUAACUGUUGGAAUCAUAAUGAAAGUUGGACGUGCCUCAGGGUGCAAUCUUUAGAAGAAGCAACCAAUACAGAAUCUUUAUCAAGUUCCUGCACUAAAGAAAAACUCAAUCCAACAUGGUGGUUAUCUGAUGCAGAUGACUGGGGUGAUAGUGUAAAUGAUAAUGAAUCAGAGAGAAAUGGAAACAAUGUACUCGCUAAUGAUCCUAACAAAUUCAGUUUGUCAACUCAAAACAUAAAUCCUGAAGAUAAAUUGGAGGCCGAUUUUUCAGAAUUACAAGUUGAUGAUCCUAAUGCCAAUAGCCCAACUAGUGUGGAUUCUCCAGUUGGUGUAGGAGCAGUUGGUUGUUUAGAUUCUCUCAAAGCUUCUGCAGAAAUUGAAGCAGAAGAAAGUGAAGUUGUUUGUAUUGAUACUCCUACUCAACCACGAAAUGAUCUACUUAUGCUUAUUCAAGAAGUCACACCUCCACCAUGUCCAUCACUAACAGACUCUAAGGCCGUCUCCCAUAAUGCCCAAUUUGUCGAAAUGUUUAUUGUGGUGGUUGAAGAAUAUGAUUCUUCUACCUCAGAAAGCAGUCAACAUGUUCGAGAUCUUCAAGUUGAAUACCAAAGAGAUGACACAAAAGAUGAGGCUUGCAAGGGUUACGACACAGCAGCUGAAAAGUAUGAAAAAGACUCUCCAAGACACGGAGACAAAAUGUUUCAUAAAUUCUAUACAAAGAUGCAGGAAAAUCCUGGUCAUAUUCUUAGGUACUCAAGGGACAAUUCAGUAGCUCUGCUACUUUACCCUAUGGAUGGGUGCAUCGGACGUUGCCGUCACUGUGGCGAAGAGAUGAUUUUUGAGCUACAAAUCCUUCCUACUCUGAUAUCGAAACUUGAACUGUCUGGUAAAUCCGAUCGACCGUUCCGACUGGAAUUCGGCACUGUGCUCGUUUUUACGUGUGCCCGUAGUUGCUGGUCUAACACCGAUUCCUACCGAGAAGAACAUAUGAUUGUUCAGGCUGAAAGAAUGUAGCUGAAUUGUAAUUAUUAUUCUAAUAGUAUAAAAUAUCGAUAAAGACUUUCGAUGUAAAAAGUCCUAUCAUGUACCUAUUGAUGAUAAUGUAUCACUGUUACUUACUACUCAGUGAAAAAAAAGAUUUAUUUUUAAUCAUUGAAAGUGCAUUUAACGAUUUGAGUUGUGUAGUUGAAAGAGUAGAAAUGAUCCUCACUUAUUUUUUGUGAUAAGAUACAAAGAUCUCUAAAAUGUAAUUGAUUUUUUAUUUCUUUUUGUAGAUAUUUGUUUUAGGAAUUUAUUUUGUAGCUUUGUUAUGAAUUUUUUUAUUUUAAUUUUUUAAAUGGAAUUGCAUCAAAUAGAUAUUAAGUUGAAAAUUGUCAGAGAACUACUCAAUUAUAUAUAUUAUACAUUUACCAUAAGAAAAGAUACAUAUUUUAUCAACUAAAGACUACUAGAACUUUUUCGAGUUUAGCUCAUGUACUACUUCUACAUUGUUAAUGCAACUAUUGAAACAUAGUGAAUAAGUGAAGAGAAAUUAUUUGUUAUUUUUAAAGUAUUUUGUGAAUCAAAAGAAAGUGAGAAAACCUUAAAAUAUAAAUAGUUACUUACAUAGAAAAUUUAUGUAAAUGAGUUUGAAAACAAAUCAAACAAAAUGUUUUAAUAGAAAAGAAAAACAAACGUUUUUUAACUAACUAAACUUAUUUAAUUGACUGUAGCAUAAAUAUUAAAUUCAAAUGCAUUUACCGACGACUUUUGAAUUCUUCAGCUCUCGCUCUUACGAAAAAUUAAUAGUGAUAAAUGUUAGCGACGAGAUAAGAUGUAUACAAAUGGCGUCCGUGCAUUGUCAAGUGCGUUAUAAAAAGAGAAGAAAUAAAGUAAACGAUUCUCUGAUAAAAA